AUGGAGAUCGCGGCUGAGUGCGAGCACCGCAUGGAGCCGGUGCUGGUGACCCCGAGCCAGCCGACGCCGGGGCACACCCUCUACCUCUCCAACCUCGACGACCAGUGCCUCCUCCGCUUCUCCGUCGAGUACCUCUUCGUGUUCGCGGGUGACGUCGACGUCGACGCCCUCAGGACGGCGCUGUCCAGGGUCCUCGUCGACUACUACCCGCUCGCCGGCAGGCUCGGGCCCGGGAACGACGGCAAGCUUGUCGUCGACUGCAACGCCGAGGGGGCGCUUUUCGAGGAGGGGUUCCUGCCGGGCCUCACUGCCGGCGAGUUCCUCCGGGGGUCUGCCAUUGCUAAACCUCACGAGUCUUGGAGGAAGCUGCUCCGCGGGGCCGAGGAGCAGAGCUUCCUUGACGUGCCCCCUCUUGUCGUCCAAGUGACUCGCCUCGGCUGCGGCGGCACCGUCCUCUGCGUCGCGUUCGAGCACCAGGAAUACGCCAUCAACUCCCUCCCCGGCGACGGUGACCCGGCGGUGACGCCCAGCCUCUUCGUCGGACCGCUGGCGCCGGUGUCUCUAACCUUCACGGGGGCACACGUCCAGCGCCUCAAGGACAGGUGCGCGCCGUGGCUCGAGGAGUGCACAUCCUUCGAGGCGCUCGCGGCGCACGUCUGGCGCGCGUGGGUGCGGUCCCUCGGUCCUCCGAGCGACCUCCGCGUGAAACUCCUCUUCACCGUCGACAUCCGCCGUCGGGUGAAGCCGGGCCUCCCCGAAGGGUACUGCGGCAACGGCUUCGUGCUAGCGUGCGCCGAGUCGACGGCUAGGCAGUUGGCGGCGCCGUCGGGUGAGCACCACGCGGCGAGGCUAGUGCGGGCGGCCAAAGAGAUGAUUGACGAUGACUACGUCCGCUCCACGGUUGACCUCCUCGAGCUGCGACGGGACGCCAUGCCAGACCUCUCUGCAAGCCUGGUGAUCUCAGCAUGGACGCGGAUCGGGCUGGAGGACCUGGACAUCGGAGCCGGGCGGCCGGUGCACGUGGGCCCGCUGACCAGCGAGACGUACUGCUUGUUCCUCCCGGUGGUCGACGAUCCCCGUGGCGUGACUGCGCUGGUGUCGGUCCCGGAGGCGGCCGCCGAGAGGUUGGAGGACCGGUGUCUUCAUGGGUUGGAUGACAUGCAUGACGUGGAAAACGACGAGCAGUAA